AUUCCUUGAGAAAACUGACCAUUCCGUUAUCAGAUAAAUCUAAGAUGCAGAUGGAUGCGGCACAGACUAUUUGGAAUUACAUGAUAAUGGGUCAUGAAUUGAAAAAGAGCGAUGUUAUAUUAGUUUUGGGAAAUCAUGACAUAAGAACAGCAGAAUAUGCAUCAGAACUUUACCUCAAAGGAUUAGGUGAUUGGUUAAUGUUUUCUGGCAAAGUUGGGUCCCUUACAAAAGGUAAAUGGAAUAAACCCGAAGCAGAAAUAUUUCGGGACGUUGCUUUAAAUCAAGGUGUACCAGAGGGAAAAAUUAUUUUGGAAUCAGAAGCCACGAAUACUGGCGAAAAUAUACGUUUUUCAUAUAAUAAACUUUUAUCACUAGGUAUUCAUGCCGAAAAUUUUAUCCUCGUUCAAACGCCAUAUAUGGAACGCAGGUCUUACGCAACUUUCAAGAAACAGUGGAAAGGAUCGGAUCUCAUUAAUGUGUAUGUGACGUCACCGGAAAUCGGAUUAAGAGAUUAUCCUAAUUCAGAUAUAGGAACAUUAGAGGAUAUCAUUACAGUCAUGUUAGGGUGUUUACAAAGAAUUCUAACCUAUCCCCAGAAAGGUUAUCAGAUAUACCAAGAAGUGCCUAAUGAAGUUCAGAAUGCCUUUCAAUAUCUGGUGAAUUGCAAGACUUUUAAUAACUACCUUUUACACAAUUCAUAACAGAAAGGUUGCUCCUUUGAAUCUCUUAAAGCUGUCAUG